GGAGUUGAGGUGUGGGUUGCAGGAGGACUGGCUGGAGUACGCCUGAACAUGCUGGAUGAUUUAGCAAUGGGCACCGGUACUAUGCGUCAAGGCGCCUCAUCCAGUGGGUGCGAUUCUCCCAACGCUGACAAUGUCACUGCUGAUGAGGCUCGGCGCCGUCAGAAAACGUGUCGUGUAUGCGGUGACCAUGCAACGGGUUAUAAUUUUAACGUGAUCACAUGCGAAUCCUGCAAGGCGUUCUUUAGAAGAAAUGCUCUUAGACCGAAGGUUGGCAUGAAAAAGGAAUGGAUUUUAAAUGAGGAACAGCUGAGGCGGCGGAAAAAUUCCCGUUUAAAUCACCUCCAGCAACAGCAGCAGCAGCAACAGCAACCGCAAAAUCGAGGUGCAUCGAAUAGCAGCGGAAGAAGCUCAGGCGGAGGUGACGGAGGAGGUCCAGCAACCAGCAGUACUGGAGCUAGCAAACUCGCAACGCCAAUGACGAGCAUGCUCAGCCCGGCACAAAUCCGAAGGGACUCCGAUCCAACACUUGUCAGUCCUUCAGUUGUUCACGCGGUUUGUGCUGUUGCUUCCUCAUCUUCUUACUUUUAA